AUGGCAAGAACUGUCGAUGUUGAACAUGUUUCGAAACCUCGUCGGCCAGGAUUAUGUCGAGUUUUACGGCGGUCGGGGUACUGGAAAUGUUUAUCUUGCUCAUUACUCUUAGUUGGAUGUGGAUUUUACGCUGCAUGGUGCCAUUUCAAGCACAUGGCCUAUUCAGGCCUUCAGCCGUUACUCAUUUAUCAUCAUGGUCCAUGCGCUCAGGGUUACAAUUUUGUGCCAAUCGUCUUCGGUCUGAUGCUCUACAUCGUCUACGUCAUGGAAUGUUGGCAUAGCCGGUCAAAGCUGUCUACAAUAAAAAAGGUUCGAGUCGAAGAUGCCAUGCAGUACCUGAAGUCCCUGCGGAACGCAUUGCCAAUCGUAUGGUGGAAGAGCGUAUGUUAUCAUUACGUUCGUAAAACGAGGCAGGUGACGAGGUAUCGAAACGGUGAUGCUGUGCCAGCAACACAGGUCUACUACGAGCGUGUCGAUUCGCAUUCUGCCGGCAAUGUUUUCAUCUAUGACGUCUGUGGUGUGAAGGAUAUCUCGAAGACGGUUCUUGAUCUUGAGCGCUUUCCGUUAACGAGAGUACGGGUAACUCGAGGAUUCGUGUUUGCUUGCAUGCAAGCAGCAAGAGAAUUCGAACAGCAGCGAACCAGAUUUUUCAAUGAGAACGAGACUCGGGACGACUACAUGGAGGUUCGAGAAGGCAUGGAUCUUUCCGAUGUGUCUGUUAUCGAUGACAUGCUCGUCUUUCGUGGAUCGCCGCCUUGGUUUCUUCGCGCAUCGACUUUCUGGAUUUUCUCCUUGAUAUUGCUAUCGUGGCCACUACGAAUCUAUGCCGAAUGUCGUACGGCGAUGCUCAACUAUCAGGUCACAAAACUCUUCGGAACCUGCUAUUUAAGCCCAUCGUCAGUGAAUUAUACGGGUCCACUAACACGAACUUCGACAAUGGAGACGGUGGAGCUUGAAGCAGCUCUGGGGAGAGAACAAUACUUUGUGGUGCCGUCGUAUUCGGAAGCGAUGCUGAUGCCAAAUGCCACAGUGGUAAGAGCUUCAAAACUCCCAGAUUGUGCUGCGAAAUUAUGGAUUUGUUGUGAACAUGGUGUUUAUGAGGAUUCUGUGCCUCGAUUUUCAAGAGCGAUUCCUCUUCGUUCAUCGCGUCGUGCACCACCAAGAUCGCUGUCAAUUGGCGGCUUGACAGGAUGGUCCAAUGGCUAUCAGCCUAUUGGAGCGAGCCCAGCAAGUGAUCGAACUCCAUUACUAGAUCCUCCUGAUGAGCCGCCACCUAGUUACGAGGUGGCUCUCCGAAUGUGCGCUCCAUUGUACGAUCGUUUGCGUCGUUCAAUAUCAUCACGCCUCAAUUCGCUCUCACAGUCAAGUUCGAAAGAAUUGAAAUCACUGACAGGCUACAGUAAUGGCAACAGCUGUAGUCGACACAACAGUAAGGACCGCGAUGAUCACGGUCCCAAUGUACCCUGA